AUGGCAUUGGAUCGAGCAAAAAAAGUUGUAAAUGAAAAACAUGAAAGGAUAUUAUUAGAAAUGACAAAACAACCAGGGAACGAUGUGUGUGCUGAUUGUGGUGCUAAAGCACCUCGUUGGGCAUCACAUAGUAUCGGGGUAUUCCUGUGUAUACGAUGCGGAAGUAUACAUCGUAAAAUGGGAACACACAUUUCCAAAGUUAAAUCUAUAUCGUUGGAUUCUUGGACGCCUGAUCAAGUCGAGAAUAUGAAACAAUGGGGUAACUUGAAAUCAAAUGCUAAAUGGAAUCCUCGGCCAGAAUUAAAUCAUGUUCCUGUGAAUGCUUCCGAUAGUGAAAUGGAACGAUAUAUUCGAAAUAAAUAUGAGAGAAAGGCAUUCAUGGAUCCAAAGCCACCACAAUCAAAAAAUCGCCCCGUUAAUUCUCGUUCCAACACAUCAUCGUCAGUCUCAUCAGUAAUCUCGCCAGUGAAACGUGCUGAGCCAAUUGUCACAUACUCCGACAGAGGAGACACCAGUAAAUCCGAAUUCGAGAGUGCGCUACGUCAACUUCAAGAUAUGGGGUUCACUGAUACGGCUCGAAAUCAUGAUAUUUUGUCUACGACAGAUGGUGAUCUUAAUGCUGCGAUUGAGGUUUUGAUUAGAUUGCCCGUGGCAGCGAAGCCCUCCCAAGUAAGACGAUCGUCGUCAAUGUCGGACGAGGACAAGGUUACUGCAUUAUGGAAUUUGGGAUUUCAUGAUGAACCCAAGAAUCGUGAUGCAUUACGACGUACUGGUGGAAAUGUUGAAGUUGCUGCCGCGAUAUUAAAUGACGAGCGAUCAAAACCACCUAAAACUGGAUCUCCCGUUACUGUCUCUAAUACAAUUCAAGGUCCAAGAUCCACUGGUUCAAAUGGUAGUCUUAAUGGGACUGCGCAACUUGAUUCACAACGACGGCAGCAUAAAUUACCGUUAACUCAAAAUAACCAGCAAUCACAAAAUUCACUGCUUAUUGAUACACCAUCUCAACAACAGCAACAAUUAUCCAAUUCUUCUUUAAAUCCCGCCGUCAAUUCACGACACAAUUCUAUUUCUUCAAAUUCAAGUGUCCGAAGUAACAUCAGUAAUAAUACAUCAUCACAAUUCAGUGGUGGCACAAAUUCAGGAUUAGCUCAAAAUCGAAUUAAUAUACCUACACAACAACAAUUAAUAUUAGCACAAAAUAAUUUCAACACAAAUAAUCAAAACAUCAGCAAUAAUAAUAAUGCUUUUACGAACAUUAACGGAUUUAGUCAAGGGCUAGGAAUGGGCAUGACUCCCACCUCCGCUAGUAGUGCAAAUAAUAUUCAUAAUUCAAUUGGAUUACAAAAUAAUCCUCUAUUAGGCUUAGGAGGAGGAGGGAGCACCAAUAUACAACAACAAAAUUCACUUUCUUUUAUCAACAACAAUAAUAAUAAUUCAAUAAUGGGAUCAGGGUCAGGAUCUGGCAACACAACACCAUUUUCGGAAUUAAUGCCUUCAUUUGGUAAUCUUAAUUUAGGUAAUUCAGCGCGAUCAUCACAAUUAACGUCAUCCACGCAAUCAUUUGGUACACCAACACAAAAACCCGCAUCAUCUUAUUUCGGAAUACAGCAGACGCAGCAACAGCCACUACAUCAAUCAUCACCAUUACUAAUGAUGCAACCACAACUACAACAAAAUACCAAUAAUAAUACAUUAACGUCCCAAAACUUUCAACAAAUUUCACGUAAUGGUAGUAUCGGUGUCAAUUCCGCUGGGUUUCUCAUAGGUCAUCAGCAAACACCAUCAUCUUCACAUGCAAAUAAUUUGCAUGGAAGUACUACUAAUGCUGGGAUGUUAGGUACAAAUGCGAAUCAUGGUUGGAAUGGAAUGAAUAAUUUUGGAGCUUUUUAA